UCCUUCGCCUGGCCUAGGGUCCCUGGGACCUCCACCCACUCUAGUCCAGUGCCUCUUAUCAGGCCAGGAGGGGCAGGAAUUCCUGGUUUGCUUGGUGGAGUUUCCGAAGCAGGAAAUACAACAAAGAAAAUUCCCAGCCAGUAGAGAGGUGGGGGUUGGGGGGGACACACCAUGGAGUUCGAAGGGAAGAAGGGGAGAAAGGGCUUUGUGUCUCCUAUCCGUCGGCUGGUAUUCCCUAAGACAGGACGUCGGUCGGCUGGGAGAAGUCCUGUGAGCCGACGGCCCCUCCACUCUGUGCCCCUGUACCCCCCGGACUACCUCAUUGACCCCCAGAUUCUGCUGUGUGACUACCUGGAAAAGGAAGUAAAGUUUUUAGGACACUUAACCUGGGUCAACUCCUCCCUGAACCCCUCUAGCCGGGAUGAGCUCCUGCAGCUGUUGGACACGGCACGGCAGCUGAAAGAGCUGCCCCUGAAGAGCACCCCCGAGCAGGACAGUAUCCUCAGCCUGUCCGCUAGAUGCCUGCUCCUCACGUGGAGGGACAACGAGGAGUUGAUCCUGCGCAUACCCACGCACGAGAUCGCGGCCGCUUCCUACCUGCAGGAUGAUGCGCUCCACCUGCUGGUGCUCAAGACCGGCCUGGGUGUGGACCCAGUGCCUGCAGGCCUGGAUGUGUGCCCUGGUGGCAGGCGAGAGCCUGGGGUGGCUGGCAUGACCCCUGAAAAGAGGUCAACAAGCAGUGGUCCUGAACCCAGAGCACCUUCGAGUGGAGUGGAGCGACGCCACACCAUCUGCAGCCUGGACUGGAGGAUGGCAUGGGGGGGCACCGAGGGCCGAGCUACUGGUGGUGGUGGGGGCAGCUUGGAGCGAAAGCAAGGGGCUGGUGAGAAGAAAGCCGUGGGCCGAGCUUUUGGGAGCUGGGAGCGUAGGCAAACAUUCAGUGGCAGCUGGGAGCGACGUCAGGGGGGCAAGCCGGGGGGCAGCUGGGAGCGGAGGCAGGGGAGCAAGCCUGGAGGAAGCUGGGAACUACGGCAAGGGGGCAAGCCUGGGGGCAGCUGGGAGCGUCGGCAGACCUUCAGUGGUGGCAGCUGGGAACGUAGACAGCCUGGCCUCAACCCCCUGGACCCUCAGGAUCCCAGCCCUGAUGCCUACUGCAACCUCAUCAUCCUAGCAGUUGCCAAUAGGGAUGCAGCAGAAGAAUCCUGUGCUCUCAUCUGCCAGGUCUUCCAGAUCAUCUAUGGAGACCAGACCAUCGAGUGUGUGGAUCGAGCUGGCUACCACUACACCUCCACCCCUGAACGGCCCUGGCUUAUCAGCCGCAGUGAGAGCUGCCGCACAGAUGGGACCUAUGGCUAUGAUGCUGACUUCAGUUGCUGCAGUUCUUUUAAUGGCUCCCAUGACACCUUCGAAGCCUAUUACAGUGGGACAUCCACACCUUCCUUCCAGGGAUCUCACUGCAGUGAGAAUGAUGGCAACAGCCUGGGGCUGGAGCAGCUACAGGACUAUAUGGUGACGUUGCGGAACAAGCUGUCGCCACCUGAGAUCCAGCAAUUUGCUCUCCUGCUUCGAGAAUACAGGCUGGGACUAUCCGUGCAGGAAUACUGUGGGCAUCUUCUUCGGCUCUAUGGGGACAAGAGGAAGUUCCUUCUCCUGGGCAUGCGGCCCUUUAUCCCAGACCAGGACAUCGGCUACUUUGAAGGCUUCCUGGAGGGUGUGGGCAUUCGAGAGGGUGGCAUCCUCACCGACAGCUUUGGCCGAAUCAAGCGAAGCAUGAGUUCCACGUCAGCCUCAGCUGUACGCAGCUACGACAGUCGAGCUCCUCGCCCGGAGGCCGAGGCUUUCAAUAGAAUUCUCACAGGCAUCACCCAUGACAUCGAGGCCCUGGCACAGGAGGAAGAGGAGGAGGGCAGCGGGAAGGAGGAGGAGGGCCAGGGGAAAUCUGAAGAAGGAGAGGACAACUACCUGUGAGAACCUCAUCCCCAAACACACACAAUUGGGGGUUGUAUAGAGGGUGUGGAUUGUGGAGCUGUGACAAAAAUGUUUGUGUUCAGGAUGUGGGGUAAAGAAUCCUGGAAGAUUUUCCCUGGGUCAAAUUUGAUGAAUUUGACCAUUAGAUUAGGAGUCAGGGGUCAGCUAGGUGGCGCAGUGGAUAGAGCACUGGCCCUGGAUUCAGGAGGACCUGAGUUCAAAUCUGGCCUCAGACACUUAACACUUACUAGCUGUGUGACCCUGGGCAAGUCACUUAACCCCAAUUGCCUUGCUACCAAAAAAAAAAAAAAAGAUUAGGAGUCAUAUGGCCUUAAUUUGAAUUUACUACACAGUGACCUUGGACAAGUAACAACCCACAUGAGCCUCAUUAUUUUCUCUUCUGUAAAAUGGGAGAUUUGGACUACAUCAGGAGUUCUUAAACAGAGGUCCAUGGACAGGGUCUCUGAAUAGAUUUCAGAGGUGUCUGGGAACUUGAAUAAGAAAAGAAAUUAUAUCUUUAUUCUUAUUAACCUUUCCUUUGUUUUUUUG